AAAAAAAAAGCGCCCUUUCUUUUUCUCUUCUUCUUUCUGUCUUUUUUUUUCUUUUCUUCUUUUUUUUUAUUUUAUUUUAUUCAUCUUUUUUUAUUAAAAAAAAUCAAAAAAAUCAAAUUGUCCAAGAACAGCAAAGGUCAGGCGCAAAUUCUCCAACCCAGAAAGGAUCUUUCCCUUCCCUUCUUUCUUUUUUUUUCCUGCAACACCAGUGACAAGAACAAAACGUCAAAACCACUGCAACACCUGCACAACAAAAACUGAAAACACUGUCUUUUUUUCCCAUUCGGAACUGAUACUUUCAACAAGAAAAAAAUGAAGUCAAUCCUUCCCUUUCCCAUCAACACAAACCCUAGACAUUUGGGUAUAAAACAACAGAAACCAAACGAAAUCAGAGAGGAAGAAGUCACAGCCGCACCUGCAACAAAUAACAACAAAACCCUAAUUUUUUCAUUAUCACAAAAAAAAACAAACGCAUCAAGUUAGCAUCUCCACCAACCCCACAACCUCAAACACAGCAACAAACCCUUUUUUUUUUCAACCGUUCUAAAAAAAACAACCAUCAAACCAACCUCACCAUUUUCCAAUCACAGAAACCAAACGAAAACAAAAAGAACAGAGGAUAGAAAGAAAGAGAAGGAGGUUAGAGCAAAAAAGAAGAAGAGAAGAAAAACUUCGAAAACUGCCUCCGAUCUACGUUUGGGUGAGGAUUUUGAACUUUUCAUACUCAUUAUCGCGUUCUAGGGGUAGAAUAAGGGGGGGUUUAGUGUAACCUUUUUCUUUUUCAUUAUCGAUAUUUGAUAAAAUAAAAUAAAAAUGUCAAUAAAAGAAAAAGCAACGAGGAGGCCAAUCCCAUUCCAAAUAUAAGAAAAGAGGCGUCGGAACCCUAGGGCGGCGCGGAAGAACAUCAUGUCAUCAUCUCCGUCGUCAACCGAACCAUCAUCUCCGCCAUUGUCGUCGUUGCCAAUCGAAAAUAUUGCAUCGCGGUACUACCUCCUUACCGGGAAACUUUACCCUGGUGUUCCAGUACUACGUCCUCCUCCUCCUCCACCUACCUCCUCUUUUAACGUGCCCCAAAGACCCUCUAAGCCUCAACCUUGUAAGAUAAUCCCACAUCCACUCAUUCCAGGCGUUUAUGUUGCUGGCGAUCAUCAUGAUCGUGAAGAUGAUGUUGAAUCCCUCUCCCUUUAUACUAGAAAUCUCGUACCUGGUGUUCAAUCUCAUGACGAAGACGUGCUUUUCUCUGUUCAGGAUGAGGAUGGGAGUACGAUGGAAUACAGAGAAUGGGAUCCGUUCAAAUUAAGAUUUGCUGCGGCUAUACUAUCUGGUGCACAAGACAUAUCGAUCAAACCUGGUUCACGUGUCCUUGUGCUGAACUCACGAGAUGAUGCACUCUCCGGAAUGACUAUUUCACAUAUAUCAGAUAUUGUUGGCCCUCAAGGCAUGGUCUACGUAGUAGAGGAAGCGAGUCGCUCUCUUCUAACAAUGGCAAGUAAAAGGUUUAACAUAGUACCAAUUGUUUAUGGUGAGAUUCCACGCAAAUACCGAAUGCUCAUCAAUGUUGUCGAUGUGUUGUUUGCUGCACUUGAUUCUCCCAAAGAGGUCCGAGAGGCAUUUUUGAAUGCUGCCUAUUUUCUCAAAACCGGGGGAAAGUAUUUAGUUUAUGUCCAGGGAAAUUGCAAUGAACCGUCACACUGUUACUUUGAGUAAGCCUACUGACCAAUCACAUAUGAAAUGACAGCAGCAAGCUGCAGCAUGACUGGCUAAUUGGCUACUCCAUAGAAAUUGUGGCUAAUUUAGGGCGUGCAAGUACAUUAGUUGCUAGUUAUGCAGCUACACCUACAUUAAGGCGCAUAGAAAGGGCUGCUAUAGCUGCUGCCACUCCUAUUACUAACCUUCAAGGGAACUCUUGCUCUUAAUUCAUGAACACUUACAGGCAUCUGGAUUGGGACAAACUGCUUCUUUAUUGCUUAAAGAGGCUCAGUUAACUCCUUUGCCAUCUUUACUUGCUCCAUCUUCUCUUGCACAACAACCCACAACACAGGAAGCUUCUUCAACACAAAUUCAGUGGCCUCUUGGUCGUACUCCUAGAGGGUUUCUCAUUAGCAAAUUAAAAUCUAAUUCAAAGAACGAGGAUGCUUGCUGGAAAAGUUAUCCCGUCUCUGCAAAGAAAAAGUCACUAACUUUUUCAUCAUCUUUUGGUUCCCAUACAAGACACCAAGUUGUUGACUCUCGGCAUUCAUCAUCCAAAAAAUGGCUACGUACUGGGAAAGAGUCUUCAGAAACAAGUAUAAUAGAGGAUCCAUCUGAAUCUUCAGUGAAACUUAACGCUGAAACUCAGUUCAAGACUCCAAUUACCUUGCCCUCCAAACGAAAGUUAUCGGAUUUAAAGGAUAUAUCAAUGUUUUCAUCAUCUGCAAAGCGACUAAAUGUUGGGGAUCAGGGACUUCGCUCUCGUACAGUUCGUAAAAGCAGCCUUCAUACUGAUGCUAUUGGGCUUUUCACACCAAGUAAUCUAAGGAGUCAACAAGAACUGACUAUGUGGAUGAGAAUCAGUACCGCAUCUCAAAUCUAGGUCAGAUGACACCAUCCUCCCAAGUAGUGAAUGACCUUCAGCCCAACAACCUUGAGCGCGUGACACUAGAUUCUCUAGUUGUUCAGUAUCUGAAACAUCAACAUCGCCAAUGCCCAGCCCCCAUUACCACCCUUCCUCCAACAUCUCUUCUGCACCCACAUAUUUGUCCUGAACCUAAGCGAAGCCUGGAUGCCCCCUCUAAUGUGACUGCCCGGCUUGGUACCCGUGAAUUUAAGUUUACGUAUGGUGGACUACAUGGUAAUCGCAGGGAUCGUCAAUUUGUUUUUAGUCGGUUUAGGCCGUGGCACACUUAUCGGGACGACACCGGUGUGUUAUUAACGUGCAUUACAUUACAUUGGUUGGAGGCUCUUCUCAUAUUACUGUAGGUAGCCACACCGGAGAACUCAAUUUUUUUGAUUCCAACAACAAUAAUGUUGUGGAGAGCUUCA